AGUUGCUUAUUUUGGCUGCCGCUUACAUGAAGUAAAUUUCUUACUCGCAUAGUUGGGUUGAAUAGACCUAGAAAGCAUAAAAAAAACACAGAGAGAGAGCAAAGAAAUCAACAAUGUUGAUUCUUAAACCCCUCUCUCUUCGAUCUUCAACGAGGUAUGUUCCUUCUAUCUUCCUCUAUUUUGAUCUUCAAAACCCAUGUUCAUUUCACUCUCGAUCAUUUGAUCCCUCUGAAAAUUCCGCCUUAGACGACGAUGUCGAAACCGUAUUUCGAAUCAUCAGUUCGUCUUCGUCCUCGAACGACUUGAAACAAUCAUUGAAAUCAACCAAAGUGUUGCUAUCGAACGACUUGAUCGAUAGAGUUCUGAAAAGGGUCAGAUUCAGUCAUGCAAACCCAUUACAAGCAUUGGAGUUCUUCAAUUACACCGCCAAUCGUAGAGGGUUUUAUCACACCUCAUUUUCAUUAGAUACAAUGCUUUAUAUCUUAGGUCGAAACCGUAAAUUUGAUAAAAUUUGGGAUGUUUUGAUUGAAACGAAGAAAAAAGACCAAUCUUUGAUAUCACCACGCACUGUUCAAGUAGUUUUAGCUAGAAUUGCUAAGGCUUGUUCAGUUAGGCAGACCGUUGAUUCAUUUAAAAUGUUCAGGAAGUUUGUUCCAGAAUACGGUAUCAAUUGUUUCAAUGCCUUGUUGAGGACUUUGUGUCAGGAGAAGAGUAUGACAGAUGCUAGGAAUGUGUAUCAUAGUUUGAAACACCAGUUUCAGCCGAAUUUACGGACUUUUAACAUACUGUUGUCGGGUUGGAAGUCGCCAGAGGAAGCUGAAGUGUUCUUUGAGGAGAUGAGGCAAAUGGGUGUCAAACCUGAUCUUGUGUCUUACAAUUGUUUGAUUGAUGUGUACUGUAAGGGUAGAGACAUUGAAAAGGCCUACAAGAUAGUCGAAAAAAUGAGAGAAGAGGAUAUAUCACCUGAUGUGAUAUCAUAUACUAGUAUAAUUGGGGGGUUGGGGUUGGUUGGUCAGCCUGAUAAAGCGAGAGAUGUUUUGAAGGAAAUGAGGGAAUAUGGAUGUUAUCCGGAUGUUGCAGCAUACAACGCUGCAAUUAGGAACUUCUGCAUUGCGAAGAGGCUUGGUGAUGCUUACAUGUUGAUGGAGGAGAUGGUGGUUAAGGGUUUAAAUCCGAAUGCAACAACUUACAAUGUGAUCUUUAGGUCUUUCUUUUGGUCGAAUGAUUUGAGAAGUUCUUGGAGUUUGUAUCAGAGGAUGAAGGAUACUGGGUGCUUGCCGAACACACAGUCUUGUAUGUUUUUAAUCAGGUUGUUCAGUAGGAAUGAGAAGGUGGAGAUGGCACUUGAGCUUUGGAGUGACAUGGUGGAGAAGGGCUUUGGGUCCUAUAUUUUGGUGUCUGAUGUGUUGUUUGAUUUGCUUUGUGAUAUGGGGAAGUUGAUGGAAGCAGAGAAGUGUUUCUUGCAGAUGGUAGAGAAAGGGCAUAAGCCCAGCAAUGUUUCAUUUAGAAGGAUCAAGGUGCUGAUGGAAUUGGCUAAUAAGCAUGAGGCCCUGCAGAAUUUAUCAGAGAAGAUGGUUGCCUUCGGUUCAUCAAUCCAAAAACCCAAAAGCAAGGAGGGUCUAGCAGAGAUGUCGAGCUCGAACUCAUUUACAUGUUAAAUUAGAUGGUUGUAACUUAAAGUGGGCUGAGAAGGUGUUGUUAACCACUGGCAUAUCAAAAUUUUUGGGAUUGAUGUCGAAAAAAAUACCCUAUAAAUGUAUUGUUUCACACUAGAAGGGGAGCAUGCCAUAUGAAAGGGUUGAGAGUCAGGCAUCUGGGAUUUCAGUUAUCUUUUUGUUCAACGUAUAGCCGAGCUGGUUUGAUUCAUGACCUUGAUUCUGUGCAACUUUGAGUUAGUAUUAUGUGUGUGAAUAUUCUCAUAUUUCAAGUACAAUGCUCCUCUUCCUGGACUAGUUUAUUGCUGACUUCAGAGAGCACAUUUGAGGAUUGGGUGAAGAAAAAGAAGGAUGAAUAAGUUGGAUGAAUGAAAUUGAGGAUGUUUGAUCCGUCAAAGAAAUAAAAACUGAAAAAGCAACACGAGUUCAACACUGCAAGAAAAAUGCAUUUGAAUUGGUUGAACAGGAUAAAAUUUUGUUGAAAACUAAUGAAGGUCAACCCUCAUGUAAUUUAUUCCUUGAUUUACUGUUUCAAUCUAAUAUUGUUUUGAAGGAAAUACACUCAAUUGAUGUUGAUCCAUCUUGCCCAUAUUAAUUGGCAUUUCAUCUUCAUGAUGGUUGUGUGUAGCCCACAUUGGAAUUCGAGAUGGUAAAAAGUGGAAGUAUUCGGCAUUAUUGUGUGGAUCAUAUUAACGUAUUAUUUUGAGUUUCAACACAAUUACUUCGAGUCUUGAACUAAUUGUCUUGAAUCACAAUUUAGUAUAUGUUUGAGAGCAUUGAAUCGAAUCGGUGUCUUAGAUUUGGUAUCGGAAAAGUUUUGUUCAAAAUUUGUAUUAAAUUUUUUUCAAACCUAAAAUCGAAGCACAGAUUUGAUGGGUUAAUGCUCACAACUUGCAAGAGAACAACUUGCAAGAGAAUAUCUGAUCUAUAAACUAGAUAGUGGAUGAAAACUGUCCUCAUCCCUUCAUAACCCAUGUGGUUUGACAGCUAUUGUAGAAUAUCAUUUCAUUACAAAAUACAAAUUGCUCACCUUAUCCUAGUUUGCCUCAUUUCUACUUUGUAU